GGUCCUCCAGGCUACGGGGCGCCGGCGUGGGGAACAAAUUGAAGGCGGCUAGAGAGGCAGGCUUUGGGGUUGCCAGGGAGCGGCCGGCGGCUGACUUCCGUUUCCGGCCUCUGAGGCACGCGGAUUCGGUGGUGUAACCCAGCGGGAAAAUGCGGCCUUUGACUGAAGAAGAGACCCGCGUAAUGUUUGAGAAGAUAGCGAAAUACAUCGGGGAGAACCUUCAGCUGCUGGUCGACAGGCCCGACGGCACCUACUGUUUCAGGCUGCACAACGACCGGGUGUACUACGUGAGUGAAAAGAUCCUGAAGUUGGCCGCCAACAUCUCUGGGGACAAGCUGGUGUCUCUGGGGACCUGUUUCGGAAAAUUCACUAAGACUCACAAGUUCCGGUUGCACAUCACAGCUCUGGAUUACCUUGCACCAUAUGCCAAGUAUAAAGUGUGGAUAAAGCCUGGAGCAGAGCAGUCCUUCCUGUAUGGGAACCAUGUGUUGAAAUCUGGACUGGGUCGAAUCACUGAAAAUACUUGUCAGUACCAGGGAGUGGUGGUGUACUCCAUGGCAGACGUCCCUUUGGGUUUUGGGGUGGCAGCAAAGUCUACACAAGACUGCAGGAAAGUAGACCCCAUGGCGAUUGUGGUAUUUCAUCAAGCAGACAUUGGGGAAUAUGUGCGGCAUGAAGAGACUUUGACUUAAAACGAAAUCAUCGCGAGGACUUAAUGGCUGUGUGGAAGGGCCUAGCUUUGUUUCCUGUGUCUGUGUAGGCUCCAUCAUCAUGUUGAAUUUUGUCAACACUGUGACUUCUUCAGGGACUUCUUAGUUUAAUAUUCUCUCUAUUACGGACGGAUGCAGGUUGGAUUCUUAUGCGGAAAUAGCUCAAAAACGGUGUUUCAGAUCUUUGUGUUCGUGACUAAAUAGAAUACUGUGUUUUAUAUUUGAAUCAGAGGGCUUCUUGAGUAACAGGUUCUGAGUCAUUGGAACUGAGGACAAGAAUAGCUAGCGUAUUGUUAUCUGUGAUAACACUGUUUUCCAGACUCAUGAUAAGAACACAAUAGAUUUUUUCAUUAUUUAUUAAUACCAUGAAAGUCAGAUAUUGCCAUAUUAGAAUGGUAGGUCACGUAUGGGAUUUUACAAAUGAAAUUUGGAUAAAAUAAUAGAAGUUUGUUCUGCUAAUUUUCUAUGUAGUAGGUUCUGUGUGGUAUGGAAGAAACCUUGGAUUCAAACCCCAAUUCUGACACCUACCAGCUGUAUGGCUUUAGAGGCAUCAUUGAACUUUUAUAAGCUUAUUUUCUUCUUCUGCUUCAAAAACAGUUUUAACCAUCUACCUAAGAAUGGUUUUUAGAAUUAGAAGUCAUGUUUGUAAAGCACUUAGUACAGUGCCUGGCAAAUGUUAGGUGUUAAAUAAAUGGUAAGAAUUACUUUUA